AUGAUUGAAGCACCUCUAUCUCAAGGAGCAGGCUAUGGAGUGGUUCUUGGCGUGGGUCUUGGCUUCUCCAUGAUCAUGAUCUUCAUCACCUGGGCCAUGCGACGCUACCAACGUGAAGUCAUGUCUUCGGAGGAGUUUUCCACCGCCUCCCGAUCGGUCAAAACCGGUCUGAUUGCCGCCUCGGUGGUUUCCUCAUGGACCUGGGCUGCUACUUUGCUCCAGUCCACCUCCCAGGCAUACAAGAACGGAGUGUCUGGUCCCCUAUGGUACUCCACUGGCGCCUGUGUCCAGGUCCUUUUGUUCGCUACUCUGGCCAUUGAGCUCAAACGAAGAGCACCCGGAGCCCAUACCUAUCUGGAAGUCAUCAAGAUGCGGUUUGGACCAGCUGGACACAUUGUUUUCAUGUGUUUUGGUCUGGCCACCAACAUUCUGGUGACUCUGAUGCUGUUGACCGGUGGCUCGGCGGUGGUCAAGGAUCUCACCGGCAUGAACGUUGUCGCCGCCUGUCUUCUUCUUCCUCUGGGUGUCAUUCUCUAUACCCUGUUUGGAGGUAUCAAGGCCACCUUCAUCACCGACUACCUGCACACCAUCAUCCUGCUGGUGAUCAUUCUGGUGUUUGCCUUCACCACCUACGCUAACCACGACGUUUUGGGCUCCCCCGGUAAGGUCUACGAUCUUCUGGUUGCCCGGGCUCUGGAGUUCCCGGUCAAGGGCAACGAACACGGCUCGUAUCUGACCAUGAAGUCGCACGAUGGAGCCAUUUUCUUCGUCAUCAACAUUGUCGGCAACUUUGGAACCGUUUUCCUCGAUAACGGCUACUGGAACAAGGCCAUUGCCGCCUCUCCGGCCGCCGCGCUGCCCGGCUACGUGCUCGGCGGUCUGGCCUGGUUCGCCAUUCCCUGGCUUUGUGCCACCACCAUGGGGCUGGCCUGUCUGGCUCUGGAGGGCACCCCGUCCUUCCCCGGCUACCCGGCCCGAAUGUCCGCCGAAGACGUGAGCGCCGGACUGGCGCUGCCGAACGCCGCGGUCGCGCUGCUGGGAAAGGCAGGAGCCGGAUGCGCCCUGACCAUGGUGUUCAUGGCCGUGACAUCGGCCUUUUCGUCGGAACUUAUCGCGGUCUCCUCCAUCUUUACCUACGACAUCUACAAGGGCUACAUCAACCCCAAGGCGACCGGAAAGACCCUGAUCAUGACCUCCCACGCCGCGGUCGUCACGUUUGGAUUCGCCAUCGCCGGGUUCGCCAUUGGACUCUACUACAUUGGCGUGUCCAUGGGCUUCCUCUACCUGCUCAUGGGCGUCAUCAUCUCGUCGGCAGUCAUUCCGGCAGUUCUGACCCUCAUGUGGGGCGGUCUCAACUUCUGGGCCGGUGUUCUAUCCCCUCCUCUGGGCUUCUGCUUCGCCAUUAUCACCUGGCUGGUCACCACCAAGUGCGAAAAGGGCGUCAUCAACGUGGACACCGCCGGCUCCGAUCUGCCCAUGCUCGCGGGAAACGUGGUGGCUCUGCUGUCGCCUCUCAUGACCAUCCCCGUGCUUACCCUCAUCUUUGGGCUGGACAAGUUCGACUUUGAAAAGUUCAAGCAAAUCACCCGCGCCGACGACUCCGAGUUCUGGAAAGUCGACUCCAUUGUUGAAGAGCUGGGAGGUUCCGACGAGAUCGUCUCCAUCCGCGAAAAACGGGCAAACUCCCCUAACAAGACCGGAGGCUCCACCACCCCCGAGGACCCCAUGGAGGCGGAAUACGGACUCCAUGAGCCUCUGCCAGCUGCAGUUGAACCCCCCGUUCACCUGGAAGAGCUGGAUCCGGCAGAAAAGGCUCUGCUCGACAAGUACGCCAAAAUCGCCCGCAUCAUCACCGCCAUCAUGGCCCUCUGUCUACUGGUGCUGUGGCCCAUGCCCAUGUACGGAGUGGGCUACGUUUUCUCUAAAAAGUUCUUCACCGGCUGGGUGGUGGUUGGCAUCAUCUGGAUCUUCUUUUCCGCCUUCCUGGUGGUUCUUUACCCGCUCUGGGAGUCGCGACAGGGUAUCUUCGAGACCUUCCGAGGCCUGUACUGGGACUGUACCGGACAAACCUGGAAGCUGCGAAGAUGGCAGGGACAAACGGAAGAUAAACAGAUGGCUGCCCAUGGAGUCACCAGAACCUUCUCUCAUCUGGAGAGACUAGACGGACAGGAGGUGGAGUCGGACGAAGGAGUGCAGGUCACCAAGAUUGAGGAUUAG